AUGCCUAGCUCUUCGGAGCCUGUCCCUGACGACAACGGCGACACGCCCACGCCGGCGCAUACGGCUUCCACCAUUGUCGCCGAAGGUGUGUCCGGGUCGCACGUCCUCACGGUUCAGGGAUACUCCCACACCAUUGGGCUCGGCUUCUCCGGUCCUAUUCCGUCCAGCUUAUUCAGCCUCGGAGGCCACACCUGGCAACUCGGGUACUACCCUGAUGGCAUCAACACAAACGACGUCGACUGGAUAUCUGUUUCUCUCUCGCUUCAUCACGCCGAGUCUACCUACACCGAAGCCAAGGUAAGGUGCAGGUUUAGCCUGCUGGACCAGGCGGGCGAACCGGUGCCAGAAUACACCACGCUGUACCAGGCACGAAAAUGCCAUCUCCAUGGACACGGCAUCAAGUCUCAUAGAUUCAUCAAAAGGGAGGAACUCGAGAGCUCGCCUUACCUUAAACACGACCGUUUCAGCAUCAGAUGUGAUCUCAGCGUCACCAAGGAGAUCCGCACGCAGCCCGGCACCGCGACGCCAUGCGUCGUCACCACGCUGCCGCCUUCUUCCGGCAUGGCUCAUCAGCUCGGCCGUACCCUGGAGACCGGCGAGGGCGCGGACGUCACUUUCGAGGUCGGUGGGGAGACCUUCGCCGCGCAUCGGCCAUUGCUCGCCGCUCGGUCCUCGGUGUUCACGGCGCAGCUCUUCGGCCCCAUGAAGGACAACGGCGCGACGUGUAUACGGAUUGAUGACAUGGAACCCAAGGUGUUCAAGAUGAUGCUCCACUUCAUCUACACCGACACGUUGCCUAGUAGUACUACAGAUGACUGCGAAGUCGUCGAGAUGGCUCAACAUCUGUUUGUGGCGGCGGAUAGGUAUAACCUCGAGAGGCUAAAGCUGGUUUGCCAGAACACCCUGUGCACCUACAUGGACGCAAGAACGGUGGCAACUACCUUGGCACUUGCUGAACAACAUGGCUGUGACGAGCUUAAGGAGGCAUGCCACAAGUUCCUCGCCUCAUUCCAGAAUUUAAAGGCGGUCAUAGCCACUGAUGGAUUCAAGCAUCUCAAGACAAUUCGCCCCAAUAUUCUACAGGAGCUACUCCAUCUUCAGGUGGCUGAUGCUCCUUUACCUUAA